CACCUUCGCUCAUCUUCACUGCAUAUCUGCCUCCUUAAAAACAAAAAUACCAUGGGAAAGCUCCAUACUGUUCUGUGUACUGUUCUAAUUCUCGCGGCGGCGUUCCGGAGUGCGGUGGCGUUCGACUAUUACACUUUCGCGCUGCAGUGGCCAGCUGGCCGAUGCUCUGUACGUGACGUACCAUGUUCCGUGCCCCUGAUCUUCUACUUCACAGUGCAUGGGUUGUGGCCCUCGCUAUACGGGGGAGGCUCGGUCACGCAAUGCGGGUACAAGGACCCGAUUGCUUUAGCGAAUGAGCUAGGUCCCCCUCUCACCGGCGUCUACCUCCCAGCAAGCAUGCCCCAGAUUUUGGAUUUUCAAAACCGGUCAGGUGACCCUGAUCAAAACUUUUGGGCAGACCAGUGGAACGAGCAUGGCAGCUGUUCCGAACUGGCGCCGGUUGAUUACUUCCUAGAAAUACUCCGGCUGACGAGGGACAUCGACCUCCUCCAGGAGUUGGAGAGCCAAAAUAUUGUGCCGGGUGGAACCUACUUGGUGGGCGAUUUUGUGGCCGCACUCCCAAACCGCACCGCCUUGAUCGAGUGCCAGAUAGAUUUGAACGGGAGGUAUUUUCUCCUCGAGAUCCGCGUCUGCUACGACGCUGGACGGGAAGCAAUGCCUUGCCCCACCCCGGAUUACGAUUCCUGCGGAGGUCCUAUGAGCCCCGUUGACUUCACCGGGAUGUGAUUAAGCUUGGGAAUAAGGGAACUUAAUUGUUGGGAUUAGGACUACUUGAACACGGUUGUUGUUUUAUUACAAAUAAAGUGAAGUUGUCUGUUCUCGUUAAGUCUCUAUUUGGUCCUUGUUGUCUUAAAGUAUGGUUAGUUGAAAAAGCAGGCUGUUUAAGGUUGUUAAGGCUAUUUAUUUAUGUAGUAUCUCCUUCGUUGCCAAACAAACAAACACAAACGCAUCAUUCUCCAUCAAACGUAACUCCAAAAGGAAAAAGUACCCCACAAACAAACACAUCAUUCUCCAAUCCAUCAACGUAGAACACCAAAAAUGAAUCCCAAAGUGCCUUUCCAUUAUCAAAUUCUCUGUCAUUCCUUUAUCAUCACUCACAUCGGCCCACCACACAAUUAUCAAAAGGAACUACGUACUAAUCUAUUUGUGACACCACAAAUCACACUUAAAUUAGUAUUUCCCCUAAUUAAUUACCCUUCCCCUUACAUAAUUGCAUUUAUAUCUAUUACACCUAUCAACUCAUCCCACCCAAAUCUCCCAUCUCUCUCACCCUACUCGCCUGCAAAGCAUCACAAGAGACCACACCCAUCAUUUACCAUCUUGUCACUCCAUCAUCAUGGAACAAUAUUAGCAGACCCACCUCCUAACAACCAUACCCAAGCCAUGAGAAUUGAGCUGGCCAAAUUAAUGGUGGAUGGAGUGAAAUGGUAAAACCACUAGUGUCGGUAAUCUCUCCUAUAACUUCAAUCCCCCUCCUUCAUAUUAUGUAAGACUCCAUUCUCCCCCAACCGUACAUGCAUCAAACCAUGACUCCCUCCAUGUUAUUUCUCAUCUUCUUCCUGCCAUUUGGACUUCCACAGAAUCACCAUCUCGUCCUUCAUCACCAUCAUCAACCUCGUUGCAUCCAUCAAAGCAUUUCGAUGUCGUCAUGUGGCCAUUAUCAUCAACGCCGGGAAAUGACAAUGAGACCAGCCGCCACUUCCUUAGUCUCUUCCACUCUCUCUCUCUCUCUCUCGACAAGUAGGCAUUAUCGAUGAACCUACAACCGUCUUUCAAGCUUCAAAGCUAUGUAGUUAGUUAACCAUAGUUGUUUUCCCGUUGUAGCUUCGGCAACAAAGAUACGUGGUGACCGAAUGACGAUCUAAUCAAGGAAUAGAAUCCCUAGUGACUCUGAUAUAGCUCUAGGCACGAAUACGAGGUAAGAAAGCCCAAUCCCUCCCGUUAAAAUCGACGUUUAUACGUACGAUUGAUACUGAGUUCUAGCUUUCUGGGAUACUAUCGACGGAGUUCCAGGAUUUUUGCAACGUGUUAGUUACCGUCGCGAAAGGCUUGCCAAGCAGAGGCUGUGGUCACUCUUUUGGGACCGGCUAACAUGAUCUUUAGUGUCGGAUUCCGUGUCUGGCACUAAAGGAGCUGUAGCUUUACAAUUUCUUUGCCUAGGUUAAUAUGUGUUAAUUAUUUUAAUUGAUUUAAUCUUAUUCGAAUAAGAAUUAAGAUGUCAG